CCCUGGGAGUUGAGUCUGUGUCACUUACACUCAGCAGGGCAUUGUGGGAGGAGUCAUAGUUAUGUCUCCUGGCUUCUUCCAGUCAUAUCUCGGACUCGCUGGCAGGAUUCGUAGAGUUCGACAGCAAGGCAUUCUGGGAUAUGUUGUUCUUCUCCCUCUUUCCCGCUUUGUAUUGCUAUCGCCUAGCACUCGCUUUCCCAGCAUUCCAUUGUAAAGGAGCAAGGCAUUGUGGGAUACGUAGUGCCUCUCUCCUUUUGUUCUAUUUGUGGAUGGGGCAAGUACGACUCGCAUUCCCGAAGUUCCGCCGAUCCGCAGCGAGGCAUUGUGGGAUACGUAGUUCCACCAACUUUUACUCGAUUUGUAUUGUAGUCAGGUACGACUCGCAUUCCCAAGGUUCCGCCGGUUUGGAGCGAUGCAUUGUGGGAUACGUAGUUUAGGGAUCUUUUCUCUCGUCUUGAGUCUCUAGUGGACCGGACUAGUUUUCCCGGCAUGCAUCAGUUAAGGCCGAACUAGAGCCUGCGCCUCUCGCGUCCCGCGGGCUGGGAGCUUGGGCGUCUGUGAGGCGGUGAGAGCGGGAGAAAGAGAGAGAGGCCGGGACGGACCUUGUAGUGGGAAACCGGAGAGGAGACUGGCGGCGGCGGGACGUUACUUCCUGUUGUGUCUCUUCAGUUCCACGAACCCACCGAUUGCCCCGAGGCAGUUGGCAGUUGGGAGCCGGCGCCAUGUUGAAGUGCAUCCCCCUGUGGCGGUGCAAUCGGCACGUGGAGUCGGUGGAUAAGCGUCACUGUUCGCUACACUCGGUGCCAGACGAGAUUUAUCGCUACAGUCGCAGCCUGGAGGAGCUUCUAUUGGACGCCAACCAACUGCGGGAGCUGCCCAAGCCUUUCUUUCGGCUUCUGAAUUUGAGAAAACUGGGCCUGAGCGACAAUGAGAUCCAGCGCUUGCCCCCCGAGGUGGCCAACUUCAUGCAACUGGUGGAGCUGGACAUUAGCCGCAACGACAUUCCUGAGAUUCCGGAAAGCAUCAAGUUCUGCAAAUCCCUGGAGAUUGCUGAUUUCAGUGGGAACCCCCUUUCCAGGCUGCCAGAUGGCUUCACCCAGCUCCGGAGUCUGGCUCACCUUGCACUCAAUGAUGUCUCCUUACAGACUUUGCCCAGCGAUAUUGGAAACUUGUCAAACUUGAUCACAUUGGAAUUACGGGAAAACCUGCUGAAAUCAGUGCCCACGUCUCUCUCAUUCCUUGUUAAACUGGAGCAGUUGGAUCUGGGAAGCAACGACCUGCAGGUUCUGCCUGACACACUGGGUGCCUUACCAAAUCUGCGUGAGCUGUGGCUGGACAGGAACCAGCUCUCUACCUUGCCCUCGGAGCUGGGGAAUCUGCGGCGAUUGGUUUGCUUGGAUGUGUCUGAGAAUAAACUGGAAUAUCUCCCGGCAGAGAUAAGUGGUCUGAUGUCCCUCACGGACCUGCUGCUCUCACAGAACCUGCUCAGCUCCCUUCCCUCCAGCCUUGGUCAGCUCAAGCAGCUGUCUAUCCUGAAGGUGGAUCAGAAUCGUCUGAAUCAGUUAACGGAGUCUAUUGGCGACUGUGAGAACUUGAGUGAGGUUAUCCUGACUGAGAACCUGCUGACGGUGCUUCCCAAAUCCAUUGGGAAUCUCACAAAGCUGACAAAUCUCAAUGUUGAUCGGAACAGACUGAUUUCCCUUCCAUGUGAAAUUGGGGGCUGUGCCAGUCUCAACGUGUUGUCCCUCAGAGAUAACCAGCUCAGUACUCUCCCCCCUGAACUCGCUGGUGCCACUGAGCUGCAUGUGCUGGAUGUGGCGGGUAACAGGUUGUUAAACCUCCCUUUUGCCUUGACCAACCUCAAUCUGAAAGCUCUGUGGCUGGCCGAGAACCAGUCGCAACCCAUGCUCAAAUUCCAAACAGAAGAUGAUGAAAAAAGUGGAUCUAAGGUGCUAACGUGCUACCUCCUGCCCCAGCAACCUUCUCCUAGUCUGGAAAACCUGCAGAACAGCGUGGAUGAAAGCUGGACAGAUGGGAACCUCAAUCGGGUCAGUGUCAUACAGUUCCAGGAAGACCCUAAAACAGAGGAAGAGGAUGAUGAAGCUGCUGAAGAAAGAAGGGGACUGCAGCGCAGAGCCACCCCUCACCCCAGUGAGCUGAAGGUCAUGAAGAAAGCAAUGGAAGGACUUAGGGGUGACAGUAGCACCCCCAAAGAGGAGACGGGGUCUCCCAGCAAUGAGGACAAGCGGCUCAGUGGCCUCUCCAGCCAGAGUGCCGAGUCCCAGCGCAGCGGCAGCACAGUGUCUGUGGGGUUCCAGGAGGAGCAGCAGCUGAACAGACAGACAGAAAGGCUGACAAAGCAAGUGCUGCAGGAAGAGGAAGCAGUGGGGGGUGAUGACAUGGAGGUGUGGUAUACUGAGCCGACUGUGCACUUUGCAGACAAGACCACUGUUCUCUGUGAUGAUGAUUAUGAGGAUUAUGAUGAAGAUCGAGCCUCCCCCGUGGAGAGACGGCUGAUUCGUAAGGACACUCCCCAUUAUAAGAAGCAUGCCAAGAUCACUAAGCUUCCCAAUGAUGAGGUGGUGGAGGCCCUUUUGCACGGCUUUAGUCCUAGAAGCCUCUCGGAGGAGGAGGAAGGGGAGAACGGGCCCUUCCCCAGGUUCUCUCUGCCAAAUGAAGAGGAAGAUGAUGAGGUGGCACCAGACAAAGACUGGGAAGCUGCAGGGAGCAGAGACGACAGGUUAAACUCCCAGCAGAAUAUCAAGGGUGUGUCGUUUGAUCAAGUGAAUAAUCUUCUGAUUGAACCUGCUCGGAUAGAGGAGGAAGAGCUCACUCUCACCAUCCUGCGCCAAACUGGGGGUCUGGGAAUCAGCAUCGCAGGGGGCAAAGGCUCCACCCCCUACAAGGGCGAUGAUGAGGGCAUUUUCAUAUCUCGAGUGGCAGAGGAGGGGCCUGCAGCUUGUGCUGGGAUGCGAGUUGGGGAUAAACUGCUGGAGGUGAAUGGAGUAGACUUACACAAUGCAGAACAUCACACAGCAGUGGAGGCGCUGAGGAGUUCGGGGAGCUCGGUGUCUAUGACUGUGCUGAGAGAGAGAAUGGUGGAGCCUGAGAAUCCAAUCACUAUGACACCCCUGCGCCCCGAGGAUGAUUACAACCCGCGGGAGAGGCUCAGCAUUGUCCGAUACCCGGAGGAAAAUGAGGAGGAUCCACAGAGCCCGUGCCAGCGAAUCACUAGCUGCCUGGCACGUAAUGACAAAGGCUUGGGCUUCAGUAUUGCUGGGGGAGUAGGAAGCACCCCAUAUCGGGCAGGAGAAACCGGUAUCUUCAUCUCCAGAAUAGCAGAAGGUGGAGCUGCUCACCGGGACGGGAUUCUCAGAGUUGGAGACAGAGUCCUCUCCAUCAACGGGGUAGAUAUGACAGAAGCCAGACAUGAUCAGGCAGUAGCACUGCUUACCAGCACCUCCCCCACCAUCACUCUGCUGGUAGAGAGAGAGCCCCCCCAGUCAGGAGCCCCCACAGACCCAGGAGCAUCGCCUUCCCUGCACAGGGCCCGGCCACGAUCGCCUCCGCCCCCCACGGACACUGGAGAUGGUGAUGAGGGGGAUGCUCCCCUGAAUAAUCACUUCAGCCAAAAGAUGGAAGACGAGUUUCCUAUAGAGGAAAUUGUGUUAGUGAAAUCUGGGGGGCCCUUGGGGCUCAGUAUUGUGGGGGGCAGUGACCACUCCAGCCAUCCUUUCGGGAUCCGUGAGCCCGGAGUUUUCAUAUCCAAGGUAAUCUCCCGUGGGCUGGCUGCCCGCAGUGGACUCAGGGUGGGGGAUAGAAUCCUGGAAGCAGCUGGAUUGGAUCUCAGACAUGUCACUCACCAAGAAGCUGUGAAUGCCCUUCUCUGUAACACUCAGGAGCUCCACCUGCUGGUGAGGAGGGACCCGCCACCCCCAGGCAUGCAGGAGAUUUGUGUAGUGAAGGCUCCUGGGGAGAAGCUGGGGAUCAGUAUCCGAGGGGGAGCCCGGGGCCACCCAGGAAAUCCAUUGGAUCCCACAGACGAAGGUGUUUUUAUCUCCAAGGUCAGUUCCUCGGGGGCCGCCGCACGAGACGGACGACUGAAAGUUGGGAUGCGCAUUUUGGAGGUGAAUCAGCAGAGCCUGUUGGGUAUGACCCACACUGAGGCCGUCCAGUCAUUGAGAGGCGUGGGAGAUACUCUGCUCAUACUCGUGUGUGAUGGAUUCGACCCUAUUGCUGUAGCCUCUUCUGAGGCAUCACCGGGUAUAAUCGCCAAUCCCUUCGCUGCUGGUAUAGGAAGAAAGAACAGUAUGGAAAGUAUUUCUUCUAUUGAUCGAGACAUGAGUCCAGAAGAGAUGGAGCGGAUACAGAAGGAGAUGGAGAUGGUGAGAGAGGCGACACAGUGGGAGAGAGAGGACAUGGAGAAAGUGGAGCGGAUGCGUAGGGAGCGAGAGGAGGCCACCAGACUCCUAGAGGAGGAGACCAAGAACUAUAGCUCAGAGCCCCUCAAGCUGGACUACAAGACCCUGGCAGCACUACCCGCUGGUGGGCAGGACAAGGGAGCCCGGCUCCCUCUGGGAAUGGAAUCUUCCAGCUCUUCCCCCGUGCCCGUGGGUCUGGUACACCCCGUUCCUGCAGUUGUAGCCAAUGGGCCGACCUUGCACCCCGUUUCCCCAGCGGCGUCUCCGCUCCCCACGGUUCUUCCCAGUCCUGUGGCUGAGCUCGGGGAGCCCGGGGCCCCUGUCAGUAGCGCAGAGGCAGAUGAGGUGCUAGUGGACUGUCAGCCUAUCCGGUUCAGUGAGAACCCAUUCAUUGUGGCUAACAAGAAGCGGGCGGGGGCCAGUGGAGCUAGCCUGAGUGGGCCUCCUAUUGGCUACGGCAGCGCUGGGGAGUUGAAGACAACAAUGUACAACAAGAAGACUCCCCCUGGGGACCCCUCAGCAGCCAAGAAGGAAGCCCCCUGUUCCCCCAGCGCACAGCAGACUGUUCCGCCCCGGGCCUGUCCCCUCUCAGGCAGGGAGACUCGCUUUGCCUCCAUUAAGUUUGUGUCACAGGCAGAGAGCCGGCAGACACAGCCCGGAGUGAUCAAGUCUCUGCCUCUGGUGCAUGUGACCGAUGUCUCCCCACAAAGCCCCUCCCGGCAGGAGCACAGGACCCCCCAAAGCCCUGCUCCACCCGUUAUCCCUGAAGAUGGCUUCCCCACCAAUGCCAAGCAGGCGUAUAAAACGUACGCAGCCCUCCCCUCUACUCAUGCCAGCCUGGAGCAACAGGACCCUGGGACUCCCCGGACUCCUGACUGGAUCAGCACCAGCAGUGAGUUCUUCCCUGGGGGCUUAGACAGUCCCGAGCAACGCUCCUUCCGAGACCGCCAGAAGUACUUUGAGAUGGAUGUUAAGCAGCAGACUGAGAAACCGCCCAAACGCGUGUCUCUGGUGGGGGAAGAUGACCUGAGGAAGAUGAAGGAGGAGGAAGCCCGGAGGAUCCAGAUGAAGAGAGAGCAGCUCCUCCGAGAAGAGGAAGAGGGCAGUGCAGGAGACGCCAGCCCCCAUACAAGGGGCCCCAGCACCCCAACAAGUGUCUUUAUUGAGGGAGUGGAGUAUAAAAUGGAGAGGGUGGAUGGAGGCAGCCUCUCCUCUCUCACUGGGUUCUCUCCCUCAGAAUCUCAGCGCAAUUCACUGGAAGACUCUUUCCGGAUGGAGCAGAGACCCAACUCUAUGACGGGGUUGACCCCUGUAUAUCCCGGGGGAUUGGAAUCUGUCCCACCUGUCCGUACAGUGAAAGCAGAGAAGCGACUGCAGGAACGACUCAGAAUGCAGAGCCCUGAGCUCACUGAGCAGGAGAAGCAGUUGUCCCCGGCCGAGCGCAGAGCCCUGCAAGCUGAAAAGAGAGCCAUGUGGAGGGCUGCCAGCAAUAUGGAGGACAGUAUUAAGCAGUAUGAGUUGUCUCUUGCAAGGAAGCUGUACCAGUCCCGGCAGAACAAGCCUCAGAUCCCUGAGGAGAGCGGCAGGAUGAAGUCUCUGGAGCAGGACGCACUGAAGGCUCAGAUGAUGAUUGCGCACUCUAAGGACAGCCGCAAGCGCAGCACCCUGGAGCAACUGGCCGAGUCCCCUUCCCCUGCACCCACACCAUCACCCACCCCACUGGAAGAUUACAGCCCCCGGCUACUGACGUCUCCAGGGCGACUGUCUCAUUCAGACAAGAAGUUUGACUACAGACAAUUUGCUGCUAUUCCGUCUUCCAAACCGGUGUAUGAGAUCCAGUCCCCUGACCUGACGGGAAACCUGAAAUGCCCAGAAGAUUCCAGAACAUCAGUUACCUGUAGCUUAGAGCAUAUCGAGCAGGAGCCACCGGAGGAGGAGGAGGAGCAUGGAGAAGAUCCCGCCCCCAACACAUCAGCACUGGAGGAAAUGGCCACAUACAGCAACAAGCGCAAGCUUCGGCACACAAGGCGGAGCCUGGAGACCGCCGUCCCCACAUAGAUGAGCCGCUGAGCUCUGCCAGCACUGUGACUCCUCCCACCAUGGACUGUACGCUGGGCGGGGGUGAUUGGACCCCUGAAAUGAGCGGCUCCAAGAGACACACUGUGAGAAUGGGCCCCACGUGCUGAUCAAUUCAGUGGGGCCCGUGUGAUCUGAUUGGUGGAGGGAAUAGAUUAGCGCUCCUCUGCUACUUUCUUCCUCUUACUCUGGGUGGCAGUUUCAUGUUUCCAGCAUGCAGACCUCAACCAGGAUUGGCUGCCCGUGAGCUUAACCAGGAUUGGCUGACCAUGAGCUUAACCAGGAUUGGCUGCCCGUGAGCUUAACCAGGAUUGGCUGCCCGUGAGCUUAACCAGGGGUGGGCUAGUGGCACCAGCAGCUUCUUUUCUACUGCAGGGCAUCUUGCCUCCCACUCACUAGCCAGGCUUAGGUUUAAUUUGAAUGCUGGGACAGCGACCCCCUGCUGCUGCUGCUGCUGCUGCUGAUUUAUAGACCAGGAAUCCAGUGAGUGUGAGUAGUUCCCCUUUAUUUCUCCCCCCACAUCGUACAAAUCAUUUCCCAGCCUCCUCCCCAUAGUCUGACAGUUUCACUGCUUUAGAGAAUUGCGUCUUCCAAUGUUUUAAUUAGUCUCGUUUUAACCUUUUUUUUUUUUUUAUAGCAGAGAUGGGCCCAAGUGAGUGUGAGUGUGAGUGUCCUUUAGAGCCAUUUCUGUCUCCGCUACACAAUGAUAAAGUAAAGGGGCAGGUCUGGGGGUGAGUGAGGUUAUUUAUGAGUGGCUGUGUAUAUUUAUAGUGUGUGUGUGUGUGUGUUAGUGAGGGUGCACAGCAGUGCAGGAAAGCAGCCACCUUCUACAACACAUUCAUUUCUGCCCCUCGUUUGUCUCUCCGUGGCCUUAACCCAAUUAACCAUGACACCAAUACCUGCCAGCAGGGGGCGUGGCCUGUACACUACAGCAUUUCCUAUUGGCUAAGGGCCAUGCCAACCCAUCUGAGCAUCUUCUGUUUUAGGGGGGCAACAUGCAGGUUCCCAUUGAGGGGCUCUGCCACUCUCCAUAUCGUAGGGGGUUUUACUGUGGGGGAAAAAUAAAUUUGCUUUUAAUCAAAUCUGUUGAUUUUAGAAGAAUUUUAUCACAUAGUUGGGUUUUUAUAUAAAUAUUCUCGUUCUGUGACUCUCAUUGUCCAUGGCUGCACGUUCCUCCUCCAGCCCUGCAGGGGUUAAUGUCACAGCCAGUGGCCGAUGCCCAUAAUGAUGUCAUUGUGGCCCCCAAACCGUUGGCAUGUGCCCCUUGUUGGCUCGGGGUCUUUCCUUGGCAUCAUCUCUGGUGAGUACGUUUCUCCUCUAGUCGCUUUGCUCCUCCUUUUAUUCUGCAACUUUGGGGAGAACCUUGUCUCUGUCGCCUCCAAACUCAAUUAUGGGGCCGUUUUUAAUCCCACAUCUUAAUAGUGGCACCGAUUUCUUGUUCUCUGUUCUGUGUGUGAGACUGAAGGGGUCUUGUAGCCCUCACUGCCAUUAAUGCACCAACCCAUAAACAUAUCACUGCCAUUAGUAGAUUUGGGGGGUUACUGACCCAUAAACAUAUCACUGCCAUUAGUAGAUUUGGGGGGGGGGGUACUGACCCAUAAACAUAUCACUGCCAUCAAUAGAUUUGGGGGGGUACUGACCCAUAAACAUAUCACUGCCAUUAGUAGACCAUGCAUGCAACUUUUGGGUUCAUGUGAUGGAGGCCGCCUCUCUUUCCUUGAACUGGAAUACUGUACUGGUUGGUACUGGUGCUGGUAGAACUCCUAAUGCUGUAGUGAAUGGUUUCUGGCUAAAAGCCCCAGUCCCAGCAGUAUCACUUCUUUUCUUCUCGAGUAAAUGGCAUUUGGGGGGGCGGUUCUCUGCCAGCUCCAAUGAGCCCGGUAGCCAGAGCCCAUAUUGAUAGGCCACCCAGCUGGCAGUGGAUUCAUUGUUGGAUAUUUAGUGGCCCGGUAAGGAAUAUUAGUAGUCGUUAUUGGACUUCCAACACCAAAAAAGCAGAGUCUGUGGGGCGGUUAAGCCCAUUUAAUAUCAAGGCUAAUUAUAAUAAUAUAAACCCGUCCUGUUCCGAAACUGAACCCCAUCUUUGUGUCACUAUUCAGUUUAACAUUGAGGAGUGGGACCUGGGGGUCUGUGUUUUGUGCACAAUCCCCCCCAGACUCAUCUCCAGAGGAGGAACCAGAAUUCCCUGGCGCAGUGAUCCAGUGAUCCAGACGCUUAUUGGUGGCUUGGGGGUGCUCUGGUCUCCCUGGCAGUGGUGGGUCGUUGCUUCUGAUUGGUUCUGAUUGGUGCCUUAUUGUGGCCAUGGUGCACGGCAUGAGAAUCCACGAGGAGUCGGACUUUGCUUCUCUUCUGGAACCGGGGGGGGGGGCAGGAUCUUUUCUAGAGUCUCGUACUGAGCUGAUGGCUCUUCUCUCUUUUUGGGAAGAGGAAUUUGAGUGUCAGUUCCCUGGGAGCACCAAUACUUGGGGACCCCCAAAGCUGUAACUAGUGACAUUUGUACAACCAAAGAACUUUAUUUUGUGGUUCACAAACAAUAAAUUUACUUUACAUUUA